AGUUGUGAAAGCCAUCAUUUGUUGUUGGUAUGUUUUGUACUUAGCCUCAUCACUGCACUUACCAAAACAGGAAACCAAAGGAAAAAAUACUAUAUAUAGCAGUGAACAUACUUCAUUUGUUGUUAGAACUCAAGCUAGCAUAUCUGUUUGAACAUUUUCCAGCCUCAGAAAGAUGAAAAUGGUUGCCAGUGAAGAGCUUCCACUUGUCCAACCAGGUGCUGUUGUGUUGGAGAUUGAUCAUUUGCAAAACCAACUCACAGAAAAGGUUAAUGAACUGGUGACUUGCCAAGGUGAAAUCAAGGCCUUAAGGGCAACUGAAGCUCAGAAGGAUAAGGCCAUAGAGGAGCUGAGAAAGGAAAUCAAUAAGCUGGAUGAGAGACUAAGACUUAGUGAGGACCAUCUUAAACACAAGAAUCUGGAAAUCAAGAAUCUGACAGAUGAAAAGAAAGAUGCAUUGGCAGCACAAUAUGCUGCAGAAGCAGCUCUGAGAAGAUUGCACAUAGAUGAAAAGGAAGAUGAUUUUUUACCUUUUGAAAGUGUCAUCACUCCUCUUGAAGCUGAGAUUAAGAUGUGUAGGAAUGAGAUUACAGCACUACAAGAAGAUAAGAAAGCUUUGGAAAGACUCACAAAGUCAAAAGAGUCAGCAUUGCUUGAAGCUGAAAUAAUUUUAAGAAGUGCACUAGAGAGAGCUUUGAUAGUUGAAGAAGUUCAGAAUGAAAACUUUGACUUGAAGAGACAGAUUGAGAUCUGCCAGGAGGAGAACAAACUCUUAGAGAAAAGCCACCGGCAAAAGAUUGUGGAAGUUGAAAAACUUAGCCAAACAAUCCAUGAACUUGAGGAGCUCAUCUUAUCUAGUGGAGCCAAUGCGAAUGUCGUUCGCGAUUAUAAGCGACAGAUUUCUGAGUUGCAACUUAAAUUUCAGGAGGAAAAAAGAACAUUGGAGAGGGAACUAGCAAGGGUAAAAGUUUCUGCGAAUAGAAUUGCAACUGUUGCGGCUAACGAAUGGAAAGAUGAAAAUGAUAAGGUCAUGCCUGUUAGGCAAUGGCUGGAAGAGAGAAGGAUUAUGCAGGCAGAGAUGCAAAGGUUGAAAGAAAAGCUAGCUAUAUCAGAGAGAACAGCAAAAGCAGAAUCACAAUUGAAGGAUAAACUGAAGUUGAGAUUAAAAACACUGGAAGAAGGCUUAAAGCAAUUCUCAAUGAGUUCCAAUGCAUUUUCAGGAACUCCAAAAGCUGAUAAAUCUAAUAUCUUAAGUUUCGUAACGAACAGCGAUGGACUGAGAAACAGGUCCACAUCACAACCAAGGGCAUCUACUAUUGGAAGCGCUUUGUUCAAAAAGCCAAACAUAAAAGGAAACAUAGACAAUAUUGCUGGGAACCUAAAUCCAAGUAGCAUUACUAAAAUGAAAUAUGGUUCUACAGAAAAUGUGUUGAAAAAAGGUAUAUGGGCAUCAAGAAACAAAUUUUCUGAUGGUGGUGAAAAAGAGAAUGAGAUGCAGGUGAAAACAGGCAUGAACUUAAAAAAAUGUGAUGGUGAAAGAGGAUCAGGAAAUGUUAAAACCAGCAGUGUUGAUGUUAAUGAAGACUCUAAAAGUAAUAGCUGUAAUGAUUUAGGAAGCAAUGAUGUGGUCUCAGGUUUUCUAUAUGAUAAGCUUCAAAAAGAGGUCAUCAAUUUGAGGAAGUCUUGUGAAACAAAAGACAGUAGUCUACACACUAAAGAUGAAGAAAUAAAGAUGCUCACAAAGAAAGUUGAUGCACUGACAAAGGCUAUGGAAGUAGAAUGGAAGAAAAUGAAAAGAGAAGCAGCUGCUAGAGAGAAGGAGUUUGCAUCAAUAAAAUCAGAUGAUAAGAGGAAAAUCAGAAGCUCAAAUUCCUCUAAAAGGGUGAUGAAAGAACAUUGAAGAUUCUUUAUGUUGAGAAAAAAUUGGAGGCAAUUUAUUUAUCAAUGCAUCUUGUGAUUUUUCUGUGUAUAUACAAAACAUAAAAGUGUGGAAGUGUUCAAAUAAAGUUCCAUUUGGGUAAGGAGUGUGAGAUCCCACUUUGUACAUACAGAAGCAUUACUCAGUGGCCAAGAUUGUCAAAUGCAUCAGCAGAGAUUAUACAUAAUUAACACAAAAAACAAUUGAAUCACAUGUCUGCAUUAUGCGCAUUAACGAACUAGUUUACGAAUCAAAUUACAAGUUAGAUAAUAGUAUAA